AUCAACUCUUUAUAAGUGAUCUUACUUUAAUUGUUAGGUCAAUGUAGUCAGGGUUCACUUCGUCUUGUCAAUGGUGCUUCAUAUCAUGAAGGUCGCCUUGAGAUAUGCUAUGGUAAUAGCUGGGGAACAGUCUGUGAUGAUGGUUGGUCUAAUGCUAAUGCUCAAGUUGUAUGCAGACAGCUUGGAUACCCUACUACCGGUGCUUAUUAUCGUGGUUCAGCCUACUUUGGACAAGGGACUGGUAGUAUAGUAUUAGAUGAUGUUAGUUGUGAUGGUGAUGAAACAUCUUUAUACCAGCAAUGCAGUCAUAGAUCUCCUCUGUCACAUAAUUGUGGUCAUAGUGAAGAUGUUGGAGUGGUUUGUCCUGCACCAUUUGAUGGUUCAGUUCGUCUUGUUGGAGGAUCCAACAGUUCUGAAGGACGUGUUGAAGUAUACCGUAGUGGAUCAUGGGGUACUGUCUGCGAUGAUUUAUGGGACUAUAGGGAUGCUACUGUUGUAUGUAGACAGUUAGGAUAUGGAUCAGGGACUUCAUUUAGUAGUGCAUAUUUUGGACAAGGAACAGGAAGCGUAUUAAUGGAUAAUGUUGGUUGUACUGGAUAUGAAUUAUUUCUUACCAACUGCUCUCAUAUAACUUCUCAUAAUUGUGUUCACUCUGAGGAUGCUGGAGUUAGAUGCUCACAUAUUUGCUUUGGUGGAUCAGUUCGUCUUGUUGGAGGAUCCAACAGUUCUGAAGGACGUGUUGAAGUAUGCAGUAGUGGAUCAUGGGGUACUGUCUGUGAUGAUUCAUGGGACAAUAUUGAUGCUACUGUUGUAUGUAGACAGUUAGGAUUACGACAUGCAAUAGGGAUUGCAUAUUUUGGAGCAUAUUUUGGACAAGGAACAGGAACUAUACUAAUGGAUGAUGUUCGUUGCACUGGAUCUGAAUUGAACCUUACUAGCUGCUCUCAUACAACUUUUCAUAAUUGUAGUCAUUCUGAGGAUGCUGGAGUUAGAUGCUCAUACAUUUGCUUUGAUGGAGAAGUUCGUCUUGUUGGAGGGUCCAGCAGUUUAGAAGGACGCAUUGAAGUAUGCAGAAAUGGAUCAUGGGGUACUGUCUGUGAUGAUUCAUGGGACAAUACUGAUGCUACUGUUGUAUGUAGACAGUUAGGACUUGGAUCAACAGGGACUGCAUUUAGUAGUGCAUAUUUUGGACAAGGAACAGGAAGUAUACUAAUGGAUGAAGUUCGUUGCACUGGAUCUGAAUCAAACCUUACUAGCUGCUCUCACAGAACUUUUCAUGAUUGUAGUCAUUCUGAGGAUGCUGGAGUUAGAUGCUCAUACAUUUGCUUUGAUGGAGAAGUUCGUCUUGUUGGAGGGUUCAGCAGUUUAGAAGGACGCAUUGAAGUAUGCAGUAGUGGAUCAUGGGGUACUGUCUGUGAUGAUUCAUGGGACUAUAGGGAUGCUACUGUUGUAUGUAGACAGUUAGGACUUGGAUCAGCAGGGACUGCAUUUAGUAGUGCAUAUUUUGGACAAGGAACAGGACGCAUAGUAAUGGAUGAAGUUCGUUGCACUGGAUCUGAAUCAAACCUUACUAGCUGCUCUCAUAGAACUUUUCAUGAUUGUAGUCAUUCUGAGGAUGCUGGAGUUAGAUGCUCAUACCUUUGCUUUGAUGGAGAAGUUCGUCUUGUUGGAGGGUUCAGCAGUUUAGAAGGACGCGUUGAAGUUUGCAGUAGUGGAUCAUGGGGUACUGUCUGUGAUGAUUCAUGGGACUAUAGGGAUGCUACUGUUGUAUGUAGACAGUUAGGACUUGGAUCAACAGGGACUGCAUUUAGUAGUGCAUAUUUUGGACAAGGAACAGGAAGUAUACUAAUGGAUGAAGUUCGUUGCACUGGAUCUGAAUCAAACCUUACUAGCUGCUCUCAUAGAACUUUUCAUGAUUGUAGUCAUUCUGAGGAUGCUGGAGUUAGAUGCUCAUACCUUUGCUUUGAUGGAGAAGUUCGUCUUGUUGGAGGGUUCAGCAGUUUAGAAGGACGCGUUGAAGUUUGCAGUAGUGGAUCAUGGGGUACUGUCUGUGAUGAUUCAUGGGACUAUAGGGAUGCUACUGUUGUAUGUAGACAGUUAGGACUUGGAUCAACAGGGACUGCAUUUAGUAGUGCAUAUUUUGGACAAGGAACAGGAAGUAUACUAAUGGAUGAAGUUCGUUGCACUGGAUCUGAAUCAAACCUUACUAGCUGCUCUCAUAGAACUUUUCAUGAUUGUAGUCAUUCUGAGGAUGCUGGAGUUAGAUGCUCAUAUGGUAACGAUUAUACUGGUAGCUUUUAUACUUAUAUCUUUUUUGCAGUUUGUAUUGAUGGCUCAGUUCGUCUUGUUGGAGGAUCCAGCAGUUUAGAAGGACGUGUUGAAGUAUGCAGAAAUGGAUCAUGGGGUACUGUCUGUGAUGAUUCAUGGGGUACUAAUGAUGCUACAGUUGUGUGUAGACAGUUGGGAUAUGGUGUUACAGGGACCCCAUAUAGUAAUGCAUAUUUUGGAGCAGGAACAGGAAGGAUAUUAAUGGAUGAUGUCCGUUGUACUGGAUCUGAAUCAUACCUUACAAACUGCUCUCAUACUACUAAUCAUAAUUGUGUUCACUCUGAAGAUGCUGGAGUCAGUUGUGCAGACUUUGGUGCAUCAGUAGGAGCUAUCAUUGGAGGAGUAGUCGGUGGUAUUGUUUUCCUAAUCUUUGUAGCUGCAGUGAUUGUUAUAUGUGUAGUUGUAUUACAUUCCAAAUCAAACCGCUCCAGAGCUAGAGCCAGGCAAGCAGCUCCUGCAGUUCAAAUGACAUCACUUCCAGCACAAACUACUAGUACUACAACUGGAGCUUAUACACAAUCCCAGCCUAAGGCAGAAAAUCAACCUCCUCCUCCAUCUUACUCAGAUUAUAUGAAACAGCAGACACGACCGACUGCACCAAUAGCUUAUCCUGGUUAUGCUGCACCAGCAGGCUACCCUACACAAGGAUAUGGUUAUCCUGUCCAGGGUUAUCCUACACAAGGCUAUGGUUAUCCAGCUCAAGGUUAUCCUGCUCAAGGUUAUCCUGCACCUCCUCCACAGCAGCAGGGUUUUGCUGUACAAGGAUAUCCUCAACAGGAUUAUUCUCAAACUGGUUAUCCCCAGCAAGCACCUUAUCCACAGCAGCAGCAAGAAGCACCAGUUGGGUAUCCACAGCAGGAACCACAAGGAUAUGGAGGAACAAACCCUGGUACUGAUGAGUCUACUGGCAUUCGUGAUGAACCACCACCUCCUUAUUGAGCUCAUUGAUGUGUUUCAUUUCACAUUUUAUAUUUGUCAGUAGAAUAGUGUGUCCUUAUAUUCAGUAUAAUUAUCAGUUUUGUAUUAAAUAUAAAUCGAUAUACUUUCACAGUAAAAA